CAUCAUUGGUGGCAUCAUGACCAUGUCCAUAUUGCUUUCCCGGAGAUUACGGAUGCAUUUUGGAAUUUAUAUCUUUUCAGUAGUAUUAGCAUUCCUUUCGUGGACAGUCGUUGUUUCUAUAUUCUGUUAUCAAAUUGGCCCAAUAUACAGCUUGAUUUCGCUCGCUUUAACAUUAGUCGCAGGAGGAACAGCAAUUUUACUUGGUUUCAAAUCAAGACGAUUUACAGUCAAAGGGUAUUACUUCUUCUUCAUACUGCCUAUCAUACCAUUCAUCAUUGGAAAUGUCUUCUACAUUCUUCUUCGAAUAUAUGGUUUUCCAUUCGACAUAUUAGCUGGAAUAUUCCUCGACAGCUCAAUAACUCUU